CGGGAUUCGUUGUGAUUUUGUAGUAUUCAUUUGCACACUUGUUUAGAUAAUCAUGAUUAUUAAUUUUCAAAACUAAAUAUUGCAGAAUUCUAAAAAUCAAUACUAAAUUAAUAUUAUAUAAAGUGUGAAUGUUACAAUAAAUAUCUGGUAGUUGUUAACGUUUGCUGCCUUAAUAGGGGGUAGUAAAAACGCGUAGGCAGCAACUAAAAGCCCCACAAAACAAAAAAAAAAAAAAAACAAAUACGCGAACAAUAGCACGUACAAAUUUACUGGUAGAGGUGGAGCAAAACGCAAAACGGUAUCGCUUUAUUAGAAGGACGUUGACCAAAAUAAUAACAAAGUAGAGCGUGUAUUGAACUUUGAAACAUGUCGACUGCGGAGCCUACCAGCGCACCAGUGCUUGGGCUGAUUGGGAAGCUGGCGCAGUCAUUUGGCGCCACUGAAGCUGCAUUACGCCUGUUAAUCUCUAUUUUCGCUGGAUAUGGCAUUUCUUUCUUAUAUCGUAAAUUUAUUGUCAUUCAGCCAAACAAAUUAUUGCAUCACAUUUAUUUCGUCGCAUGGGGUUUGCUGCUAUGCCUCUUUAAUUUCGGCAAUAACACCUGCCACUCGCUCAUUGCUGUCGCCACCACUUAUGUUCUAGCGCGCUUACUACGCUCAGCUCCACGUGAACUCAUCAUUAUCAAUUUCGUCUUUCACAUGUCAUAUCUGCUUGUGGGCUACUAUUACACAGAGAGUAAUGAAUAUGACAUCCUCUGGACAAUGCCGCAUUGUGUGAUGGUAUUGCGUUUGAUUGGUUUCGGUUUCGACAUAACCGACGGCCUGAAAGAGCGUGCAAAGCUUUCUAAAGAGCAACAGGAAAAUGCAAUUGCCGAGCUACCCUCACUGCUUGAGCUGUUUGCUUUUGCUUAUUUCCCUUGUUCGUUUUUAAUUGGACCACAGUUUGCAUACCGUCGCUAUCAGCGUUUUAUUAGUGGUGAAUUCCGUCAAUACGAAGGUGGUGUGAAUGCUGGUCUCAAGCGUAUGUCUAUUGGAUUUGUGUACUUAAUCAUUAGACAAAUAGGUGCCACAUAUUUUCCUGACUCCUACUUCAUUUCGGAUGAAUACCCGAAAGUGCCUUACUUUUGGCGGCUUGUCUAUUUGGGUGUGUGGGCAAAAUUGGCAUUGUACAAGUACGUCGCAUGUUGGCUACUAACAGAGGGUGCGCUCAUGAUUUUAGGCAUUUCACAUGCGGGAAAGAAGGAAAAUGGCGAAAACGAUUGGUCUGGUUGUUCGAAUGUAAAUCUUAUAAUAUUAGAAACUGGCUAUACAAUGCAACAUUACGUGCAUUCAUUUAAUGUCAAUACCAAUCAAUGGGUCGGCCAAUAUGUCUAUAAGCGGUUAAAGUUUCUUAACAAUCGCACGAUCAGCUACGCUGCUGCUUUGGGUUUCUUGGCUGUAUGGCAUGGCUUCCAUAGUGGCUAUUACAUGGCUUUUCUGAAUGAGUACAUGACUGUAACGGUGGAGAAGCAAUUUGCCAGUGUUUGGGCAAAGACCAACAUUGACGUGUACGCCGAUCUUAUUAGUCCACCAUUUGUAUAUCCCGUACUGAAAUACUGCGUACAAAAGCUUUAUGAUCUCUUCUAUAUUGGCUGGUGUAUGACACCGUUCAUUCUGUACAGUUAUUCGCGUUGGAUGAAAGCCUAUAGUUCGGUCAAUUAUUUUGCUUUUGUUGCUAUCAUCGUGUGGACGAUUUUCUAUCAAGCAUUUAAACAUUUUGAGCGUUCGGCAAAGCGGCGUGAACAGGAUAAUACUUUUGGACGUGCAACAACACUUUCGCCAACUGUGGAGGAGAAAAUUGACGAGAACCGAAAUUAGUGAAUGUACUUACAAAUAAGUGGCACGAAAAUUGAGAGGGGGGAGUAUUGAUAUAUAUAUAUAUAUAUACAUAUAUAUAUAUAUAUUCGGUGGAAUGUGGUGUAACUGCUUAUAAUGAAAAUGGCAGCUUGUUGUAUAAACUGUGCAAAAAGAAAAGGCUGUUAACAAAAAUGAAAUUUGCGAAAAUAAGACACAUAUUUUUAUAAGAGUCUAAAUAUUUAUUUUUUUUUUUUUUUUUU